UUUAUAAGGUAAUAAUGUGGCACAUGUAAGUCGACCAUUUCGCAAACUUGCUCCAUUUGCUCUCUGUUACGUAGCGUGGUGGUUAUUAUUUUCGGAAAGAGGGCAGAAGAGAUUUACACACUUUUUCACCGUCGAAGAACUAAAAAUGGCUGAUGAUGACAUUGCUGCUUUAGUUGUAGACAAUGGAUCCGGUAUGUGCAAAGCGGGUUUUGCUGGAGACGAUGCUCCCCGAGCUGUUUUUCCAUCGAUUGUAGGCCGUCCUCGCCACCAAGGUGUCAUGGUUGGUAUGGGCCAGAAAGACUCCUAUGUCGGCGACGAAGCUCAAAGCAAGCGAGGUAUCCUGACACUAAAAUACCCUAUCGAACACGGUAUCGUUACAAACUGGGAUGAUAUGGAAAAGAUCUGGCACCACACCUUCUACAACGAACUCCGAGUUGCUCCUGAGGAACACCCUGUUCUCCUCACAGAAGCUCCUUUAAAUCCCAAAGCAAACAGAGAGAAAAUGACGCAGAUCAUGUUCGAGACGUUCAACUGUCCCGCCAUGUACGUAGCUAUCCAGGCUGUGUUGUCCCUGUACGCCUCUGGUCGUACCACUGGUAUUGUUCUGGACAGUGGUGAUGGUGUGAGCCACACCGUACCUAUCUACGAGGGUUACGCCCUGCCCCAUGCUAUCCUACGUCUGGAUCUAGCAGGCAGAGAUCUUACAGAUUACCUUAUGAAGAUUCUAACAGAGCGUGGCUACUCUUUCACUACCACUGCAGAGCGUGAAAUUGUCCGUGACAUCAAAGAAAAGCUGUGUUAUGUGGCACUGGACUUCGAUCAAGAGCUGCAGACUGCUGCCUCUAGCUCCAGCCUCGAGAAGAGCUACGAGCUGCCUGAUGGUCAAGUUAUCACCAUUGGGAAUGAGAGGUUCAGGUGUCCCGAGGCCAUGUUCCAACCAUCCUUCCUUGGCAUGGAAGCUUCUGGCAUUCAUGAAACAACUUAUAACUCUAUCAUGAAGUGCGAUGUUGACAUCCGUAAGGAUCUCUAUGCCAACACUGUCUUGUCCGGGGGUUCAACCAUGUAUCCUGGUAUUGCUGACAGAAUGCAGAAGGAAAUCACAGCCUUGGCACCGUCCACCAUGAAGAUCAAGAUCAUUGCUCCACCAGAGCGUAAGUACUCCGUAUGGAUCGGAGGCUCCAUCUUGGCUUCCCUGUCCACCUUCCAACAAAUGUGGAUCUCUAAACAGGAAUAUGACGAAUCUGGUCCCGCUAUUGUGCACCGCAAGUGUUUCUAAAGAGCUUAUACAGUUUCAAAAGUAGCAGUAGCUCCUCAACCCCUUUUUGAGAAUCAUUUGUCAAAGAAAUACUCAACUGACUUCCUGACUUUGGUUACUGAGAAUAUAUCCAAGUUAAAGUUUUCAAUGUUUAAUUCACGUCGAUGUUCGCUCUCACCUCUUUCUUUGAGAGACAAAGCCUGAAAGUUAAAAGAAGUUAUUGUGCCACUGUUUGACUUGCGGUUUAGGAACGUUUCAAUAAAAGAUGUUUCUUCAGAUGAUGUGCCCUGGUGUGAUGAUCGUGGGC